UUGUUUGGUUAACUAAGGUGGAGGGGUGUGCAGAUAGGGUUAUAAGUACAGUACGCAUGUUUUAAAUCUGUUUAAACUAAGUAACUGGCUGAGCAAGAAAUUCUCUGAACUGCUGGAAUGACGUGUUAGUCAAAGCCAGUAUUGGAUUUUCUCCAUAGCGGGAUUGGCAGCAGUGGGAACAAUGGUGAAGUAUUUCUUCAGCCAGACUGAUAUCAAAAGCUCAUGGGAACAUGUCUUCACUGCAUUCUGGCAGAGAUAUCCAAACCCUUUCAGCAAACACGUGCUCACAGAGGAUGUUGUCUUCCGCGAGGUGACGCCAGACAACACACUCAUUUCAAGACGUCUCCUGACAAAGACCAAUCACUUGCCUCGUUGGGCAGAGAAGAUAUUUCCAUCUAAUUUGGCACGAUCUGUGUUUGUUAUCGAAGACUCUAUUGUGGACCCGAAGAAUAAAACUCUCACCACAUUUUCAUGGAACAUUAACCACACAAGACUUCUGGUUGUGGAAGAAAGAUGUGUUUAUAGCAUGAGCCAAGAAAAACAAGCCUGGUCCCUGGCCAAACGAGAAGCUUGGAUCUCGUCAGGGGUGUUUGGUUUUUCCAGGGCAAUUCAGGAGUUUGGACUGGCCAGGUUUAAAAGCAAUCAGAUAAAAGCCACAAGAGGACUGGAGUAUGCUCUGUCAACUUUGCACGGUGAUGGACCUUCCAGACCUCUGAAAGACAGUGCUAAGGAAGCGAUAGAAAAAACUAAAGAAACUGCACUAGCCACCUCCGAAAAGGCCAAAAACCUGGCCACUGUAGCUUCUCCACAUAAAUCAAACCAGUUUGUGUAAAAAUAUUAAUAAUUAUUAUUAUUGUGUGUUAUUAUAAUACAUUUUAGAAUGUAUGGAAGUCACUGCAGUAGCUACAGUGUACAGUCCUUUUAAGUCUCAGGUACUAUAUAAAACCAUGGAUUGAACAAUGUUUUUAAUUGAGGACUUUUUGCAAAGUAACUGCAUUCCUUUUAUAUUAAAAAUUCAAUAAGAAAGUUUAUUUAAAUGUUUGUCUGGAAGUAACUGCAAGGAAAACAAUGCAGUUACCAGCGUGAAUGAUUAUAUGAAUGAAUAGCCUUUGCCUGCAAGCUUUUCAGAAGAGGAUAUUGUUUUUGUUGACAGGUUGACUGCUGUGAUCAGGCAAGCUGCACAGUUCAAUAAUGAAAAAUAAUGUAUUGCUUGGAAGAACUGUGUGGGAGUAAAGGUGUACCACUGUGUAUUGCAGUCCUUUCAUGGUUUCAUCUCUGGUUUCCAGAUUCUGUUUUAUAAAUGUGCUUCUCCUUUUCAUGUGACUUUUGUAGCACAGAAUUGUAGGGUCAGGUUUGUGGUGCAAGGUGUGGUUAACUUAUUUUCUUUUAAUUGUAAAAACUGUUUAUAUUCCAAGGUGCUAUGCAGCUAAAUUUACUGCACUGAACACAAAAAGACGAAACUUGGAAAGAGGUCUUAUUUUCCACAAAACUACUGUGCGUUGUACUGUACCUCUUAGAUUAUUUUUAACAGAUGUUUUUUGCAAUGUAUUUGUCUUUCUUUUUUCUUUUUGCCAGAAAGAAAGCUUUAAAUAAAAUAACUGCAGUUUCAAUUUCCAUGUGCAUUUUUAUUUUGCCUGAAAACUUAGGAGAACCAUUGAAAUAUAUAGUGUAACACUGAUCAACCUUUGAGUUUACUGAAUACGGUGGCUAGUUCAAUGCGGGGGGGGGGGGGGGGGGGGGGUUGUUUUCCACAUUAGGUAUGGAAAUCGGAGGCAUGCAGUAGGGGGCAGUUUAAGACUGUACAUUAGGAAGAUCUGUGCAUGCUGUGUUGACUGAUUAAAAUGUAUAAGCACCUAUUGGUAACACUCACAAAAAUGUACAUUUGUUUGGCUACUUAAAGAGCAACUUGGUAUGGGUUGUAAAUAUCCUGACUAACAUUUUAAUUCUGGUACAGAUUCAUGUUGUAUAUCAUUUUUUGUUUGUUAUCACAUCUCACUCACUGCAAACUCAGCACUCAAGUCUAAUCUCUGGGCUCCCAAACAUGUUCAGCUGGUACACCAAAGUGUAACCAUUACCUGUCCCCUGAAACACCUUCCUCUAGUGUGUUCCUACCAUGUCACCUAGAGCAAAGGUACCAGGAUGCAUUUGUAAUGUGCUGGGAAUCUUCAGGUACCAGGCAGCUAUAGCUCUCUCUGAACUCUGCAUAUUCCAAAUUCAAGUAGAAACAGCCAAAAGGUCUUCAACAAAGGAAAAGGGCAUCUAGUUGCUAAAAAACUAAUUGAUUUUAAAACCUUUGCCAGUACUCCUUUAAGAAAAAAGGAAAUGGCACCAUGGAGAAAAGCAGCUUUGAUCAAUCGGGGCUCAAUAAAGGCAUGUUGAGCUGCCACGGUCCUUCCUUCAGCCUUUUACCCAGCUUGGCCACUCUAAAGUGGCUCCCUUUUCUAGCUGUUGCUGAAUAUAAAUGUAAUAGUUAAACAGUAAAUGUGAUUCUGUAGAUGUAGUGCCCCACUAGUUCUAAAUGGGAAUUUUAAUGGGGGGGGGGGGGAAUGCAACAAGCUGUUGUAUAAAACUUUAUUUAUAUUACAAUGAAAGAGCACAAUACCUUUAGUGUGCUACAAAUUGCAUGUACUGAGCACCAGUUAUGUAUGUGUUUACAAAUUAACUUCUACAAUAUUAUACAUCUUAGGAUCCAUGAAGCAUUCCUUUACUAAAAAGAUACAUAUUCACAGGUCUCUGGCACAGAACCCACCCUCCCAGUGUUCCUCAGGCAAAAAUCGCCAAGCUCCUCUGCCCCACCACCCCCAAAAUCUCUCCCUCACACUACCCACCAGCACCACCACAACCACCUUACAGGUAAUCUCAGGUCAGUGGGCCUGAACCUCCCUCAACAUUAAAUUGCAUUACGAGAGUCAAAUCAACCUGCGCAGCGGAAUCUCAGCUCAUUACUAGAAAGAGAUUUAAUAGAAGGACCAGUAUACAGCUAAUUAUUGUAAAUAAUGUUUUGGAUAUAGAGCAGGAUGCCAAGGUAAAUAACAUUCUGGCAGGAGCGCUGUUAUGUGGAUUAAUGUACUUUAUACCUUUAUAUUUUAUACUUUUCUUAUUUAUUGAGGGGAGGAAAGAGAGAGAAAAAGUAGGUGUGUUUUUUUUUUUUUUUUUU